AUGAGCGGCAAAGCAGGCGCAUACGGUACCCAGGGUGGAGGAGACACAGAUUUCAGGAAAACAUGGGAUCGCGACGAGAUGGCCAAGAAGGCCAGGGAGAGGGAGACGAAAGAGCGCGACGAAGCCAAAGAAAGAUAUGAAGCAAAGGCAGCAGGGAAGUCGUAUAGGCGGAGAGCGUCCACACCGGAAGACUUGAAACAGACAGAGGCGCGAAGUGAACGGAUAGACUGGAGUCAGAUGAUUGGCAAGCAGACGCUCACAUCUGCGGCAGCGGGCGUGGGAAAGCGAGGAAAGGGCGCAGGCGCCUACUGUCAGGCUUGCGACCUCACGUUCAAGGACAAUAUCCAAUACGUCGAGCAUUUAAACAGCAAGCAACAUUUGGUCGCAACCGGACAAUCUGGCGAAGUGCGACGCGCAACUCUCGAAGAAGUACGAGACCGAUUACGCUACCUGAAGCGCAAGAGAGACGAAGACAAGUUCCAAGAGGUCGCUGACCUCGAUACACGGUUGGAGUUGAACCGGACCAAAAUGGAGGAAGAGGCCGAAGAGCGCAGACGGAAGCGCAACGAGAAGCGCCGCGCGAAAAAGAACGGGGACAGCACAGCCAUGGAGUGGAAGGUCGAAGGAGACGGUGUGAUUAGUUGA